CCCAACGCGCCGCGGGGGUCGUGCGGCCGCUGCUGCGGGUCGGCGGAGCGGGGAGGAUGAACUCUGAGGCCUCAGGAGGGCGCCGCUGGGCGCGAGUGUCCCGUGUCGUCUCCUUUAGCGCGACUCACCGACUCCACAGCAAAUCUCUGAGUGAUGAAGAAAAUUUGAAACUGUUUGGAAAGUGCAACAAUCCAAAUGGUCAUGGGCACAAUUAUAAAGUUGUGGUGACAGUACGUGGAGAGAUUGACCCUGUCACUGGGAUGGUUAUGAAUUUGACUGACCUCAAAGAGUACAUGGAGGAGGCAAUUAUGAAGCCUCUUGACCAUAAGAAUCUGGAUCUAGAUGUGCCCCACUUUGCAGAUGUUGUCAGCACGACAGAAAAUGUAGCUGUGUAUAUCUGGGAAAACCUCCAGAAAUUUCUUCCUGUGGGAGUUCUUUAUAAAGUUAAAGUAUAUGAAACUGACAACAAUAUUGUAGUCUAUAAAGGAGAAUAGUUCCUCGGGGUUAAUAUUUUAGAAAGACUUAAUUUCUUUUCAAAUUUGAAAAAGAUCUUCAUUCCUUUGGACAAUUAAGAAGUCUUCCCAAAAUUGUUGCACUUUGUUUGUCAUGUUCUGGAGAACCUGAUCUGUUGGAGUCAGCCCUAUUUUUAAGUCAGAUCUAUUUAAAACCAAAUUUAUACUGUAAUCCUGAGUAUCAUUUAGAGAGCCUUUUAUCUGUUGAUUAAAAAUCUCUUCAUUUUUAGCAGAAUGGCUUGGUAUGGAAUUAUUUGAAAGCUGAAGAGGUCUAUUUUUGUUGGUUGUUUCAUUGUCAUUUUUUUCUUGCUGUAAUUAAAUUGCAAACAUGUUUGUGAUGAGUCUUGUGAAAAACAAGAUGACCAUAAAGUCUGGUAACAAAGACAUCAUGUAUUUUUUUGUAGAAGUGUUGUUGAUUACUAGGAGGUACACUCAAGCAAAAGUUUCUUCAGUGAAAACUAGACAUGCAAAUCAUCUGAGACACAAACCACCCAUUGUAGAUGGAUGUUCAAGGCUCAGUGGAAAUGCUGCUUCAGUGUACAUUGUUCAUGGAAGCUUGGCCCAGCUUACUAGAGUUUACAUUGCUAGUGAGGGACACGAUGGAUGUCAGUAAACUACUGAUUAUGUCUGUGUCUCUAGACUUUACCCACGCCCUGACAGUUUUAGCUCAGGAAAACUGAAGAAUAGUCACAUGCAUUAAACCCUGCUAAAAUAGUUAACAUGAAAAGGAUACAUUACCUGUAAAGCAUCUCUAGUACAUGUUUCCUAAUUGUUACCAUUUCACUCUGAUCAUUAAACUUACCUCCCUAACUUCA